CACAGGCUUCAACUCUUCAUCAAGGAAGAGGAAAAGGGAGACAAGGAAUUCUCCCUGUUGUGACAAAACUCCUGUUGAUGAUGCAGUUCCAGGGCCCUCCAGCACCAGCCUGAAGCAGGCUGUCAUGCUUUGGGCUGGUCCAGAGCAAACCCAACUGUGGUGGAACGAGCAGAGAAGAUCCCCAGAGCAGGGCUGUGACCUCCAUGGCCUCUCUGUGCAGUGCACAGACCAGCAGCCCUCUGUGACCAAGAGGAGGAGAACAAAUCCUCCAGGAUGGGACAAAGCCCCAGUGGAUAAUGCAGCUUCAGGGCCCUCCAACAUCAGCUUCCAGCAGGCUUGUGUGCUCAGGGCAGCUUGGGAGCAAAUCCAACUGAGGCUGAGGGAGCAGAGAAGCUGCCCACAGCUGGGCUACGAUUUCUGCUGCCGGUUCGUGCGUUUUUCAGCCCACCACCGUUCAGUGAGGAAAAGGAGGGUUUGUGUGCCCCAGAGACGCAGGUCAGGGAAGCACUCGAGGCACUCUAGGAGUGCUGGUGGCAGAUGGUGGCGCUGGCUGAAGCAGAAUGGGAAAUUAGCACUGCAUUUUUUGGCAGAGCUGUCCAUGUUUUCUACACCCAUUCCCAAAGAAGAGGGAACAAUUUAGUUUUAUGGCUGAUGAUGCCAACGACUAGUCUAGAAGGUUUUAAUUAGUCUAGUCUAAAAGGCUUAGUAAUUCCCAGGAGGAAGUGAUCACAGAGAAAGGAGACCAGCAAAGGCAGUAGUUAAGUUAGUGGGUGAACGCUGGUCAUUCCUGUGGAAGAGGUGGGAAAACUAGAGAGCUCUGCUGCUGAUGCGGUGACAGCAGCAGCAGCAGGUACAGCAGAGCCUCUUCAGAGAAAGUACCAUGGACUGGAGCACUUCAGAAUGACCUUUGAUGCUCCUGUGAACUGGGGCACUGUCACUGAUCACAAAGAUGGGAGACUGCAGUUCAGCAGCUGGUACAAGCAGUACCUCGACUCUUUUCAAAUGGAAUUUCUCUGCAGUCAUUGCUGAGGGAAUAGCUCCCCCAAAAAGGAUCCUCUUUCCACUGGAGAAGAUUUACAUGGUCUGGCAGCAGCAGCAGAGUGCUGGAGCGGGGCUCUUCAAUGUGGGCAACACGUGCUUUCUCAACGCUGUCCUGCAGUGUUUGACCUACACCCCGCCACUGGCCAACUACCUGCUGUCCCGAGAGCACAGCAAGGCCUGUCAGCAGCAAGGUUUCUGCAUGAUGUGCACCAUGGAAGCACACGUUAACAAGGUCUUGCAUUCCCCUGUCAGUGCCAUCGUGCCUUGGGCUGUCCUCAAGGUUUUUGGACGCAUAGGAGAACAUUUUCAGCUUGGUAUGCAGGAAGAUGCCCAUGACUUCUUGUGCUGUACGGUCAAUGCCAUGCAGAGAGCUUGUCUGAGCGCAAGCAGCGACUUGGACCUCUCUUCUGAAUCCACUACCAUUGUCCAUCAAAUAUUUGGGGGCUUUCUGAGAUCCAGAGUCACCUGCUGCAGCUGCAAAGCCGUUUCUGACUCCUACGAGGCCUUCCUGGAUGUUCCUUUGGAUAUCAAUGCAGCCUCGUCCCUCACUGCAGCUCUGGAAGCCUUUGUGACACCUGAGCAGCUGGAUGGUGAAAACUGCUUUAAAUGCAACAAGUGUACGGAGAAUGUUGCUGCCUCCAAGAGGUUCACAAUCCACUGUGCACCCAAGGUUCUGACCGUGUGUCUGAAACGGUUUGACUGUUUCACCGGCGGGAAGAUCAACAAGGUGUGUACACAAGUGGUGUGCAGCUUUCUUUUCCUAGAGUAGAUUUCCUAGAGCUUG